GCCACAGCAACGGCAACGGAAGCAGCGACGCCAGCAGCAGCAGAAGCAGCAGCGGCAGCAGCAGCAGCGGUGCGAAUUCGGUGUGUGAAUUUUUCUAUAAACUCUGGCCCGCCCUUAUGCUGGCCAACAUUCGCGCUUUAUACGCUUGAUACGAAGCAUAACGCCGCUAUGUGAGCACUGCCGCACCGCACCAAAGUCUGACCUUCACACACAGUCGAAAUUUCGCACAACUCUUGCCACAAGCGAACGGUAGCAGCUAGCCAGCCAGCAGCCAGCAAACAAACCAAACCAACAAGCAAACAAACAAAGAAAAAAACAAAUAAGCAACAAGCAAACGAGCAACAAGCAGCAAUCGAGCAACAGUGACUAGCAGUUGAUACAAAAGUUCCUAAAUCCAAGUCACAGUUCCUUAGCAGCUGAAUUGCAGCAGCAACAGCAGCAACAUUGCAACAGCAACUUCGCAACAGCAACUUCGCAGCAACAACUUCGCAGCAGCAACAGAAGCACAACAGCUAAAAGCAGCAACAUGACAGCACUGGGAUUAGUUCUGCUAUCGAUGAUGGGCUAUAGUCAGCACAUGCAGCAGGCGAAUCUGGGCGACGGUGUGUCCACCGCCCGACUGCUGUCCCGAUCCGACUGGGGAGCCCGGCUGCCCAAGUCCGUGGACCACUUUCAGGGACCCGCGCCCUACGUCAUCAUCCACCACUCGUACAUGCCAGGCGUGUGCUACUCCACUCCGGACUGCAUGAAGAGCAUGCGGGACAUGCAGGACUUCCACCAGCUGGAGCGCGGAUGGAACGACAUCGGAUACAGCUUUGGCAUCGGCGGCGAUGGCAUGAUCUACACCGGCAGGGGAUUCAAUGUCGUCGGAGCUCAUGCGCCCAAGUACAAUGACAGGAGCGUGGGCAUCGUGCUGAUCGGAGAUUGGAGAACUGAACUGCCGCCCAAGCAGAUGCUGGACGCGGCCAGGAACCUGAUCUCCUUCGGGGUGUUCAAGGGCUACAUUGACCCCGCCUACAAGCUGCUGGGCCACCGACAGGUGCGGGAUACCGAGUGUCCUGGAGGCCGCCUGUUCGCCGAGAUCUCCAGCUGGCCGCACUUCACCCGCCUAAACGACACCGAAGGCGUAGUUAGCAGUACUGCGGCGCCCGUCGAGCCCCACGUCCAUCCAAAGGCGGCAACACAAACGCCACUCGCCCAAUCCCCGCCAGCUGCGCCCAAGGCCUAGUGGGCACACGGUGGGUGGAUGGAGACUCCUCAUCGCCCUCGCAAAGCUUAAGAGUUUAACAGUUUAAGAGAAGCCACAACGAGCUCGGCUCCCCGCACAACGCCAAGGAGUUCAUUCAGUAUUCAUUAGAUGUCUCUUCUAACAUUUCACAAAUAAAGCAAUUUCUAGAUGAUAACACUUAAACAUAA